AUGAGUCCGCUUCAGCUAUUGAUCGCUCUCCUCCUGGUGGCUCUGAUUAAGUCGGGUCUUGGCCAGCUGCCCCAGAACGACUGCUUUCCGCGUUUCAAGUACAACUCCUUCCAAGGGCAGUUCAUCGGUCUGGUGGAAGUGCGUCAUCCCCCGGUCAACAACCAUACACUAAUCCUUCAGUUCUCCCAAUUGGGCUAUCACGAUUUCUCGAACAAUGUAGGCAGUAUUUCUUUGGUGGACGAUGAUGAGACGACUCAGAAGAAUUUGCGCCAGGGAUUUCCGGUUCGAUAUCGAGUGGAUUUUCCGAUUCCCACAAUUCCGCCCAAGAUCACAAGCAUGCGAUUAAAUGACAUAGAGCUUUGCGGUGGAUCAGAAUACCGCAAACCAAGAACUGGCAUUACGCUGCGGAUCACUUGGACCACCCCAUACGUUUCUAUAUUUGAGGUCAAUCCUCAACCAUUGCCAUCACGACCUGAUCCAGUUUGGCGACAGGAAGAAGAUCCACAAACCGAACAAAGUGAUUGGACCUAUAAUAGUCCGCCAAGGAUCACAAAUAAUGAAGAGAGAUUUGGAGGAAGUAAUGGAUCGUUGCAACUAUUCCCCAGUCCUGGAAGGGGUCCUGUGCCGCAGCAGACUUUAUCUAAUCCAGUUCGAGGAACUGCCCCCCGGAAGCCGGUGCCAAUUCCUGGUACAAUUAAUACCCCCCAGCAGCCGGUCACAAAUCCUGGUCGCAGUUCUGCCCCCCAGGCAAGCUCUUCCAAUGGGAUUCCGUGCGGAAUUGAGAGGACGAGCACCACUCCCCUGAUCUUCCAGGGCAGAAACCUGCAGCGCGGUCAGCUGCCAUGGCUAGUGGCCAUCUUCGAGAGAAGGGAAAACAACGGUCCCGCCUUCAUUUGUGGCGGCUCCCUGAUCUCAACUUCCACGGUACUGUCAGCGGCCCACUGCUUUCGGUUUCCUGGCCGGGAUUUGACCGCGGAUCGCACGGCCGUCUCCCUGGGACGAAACAGUCUGGCCAUUCACUCCGAAGGUGAAAUUCGGGGGGUGUCCCAGUUAAUCAUUCACGAAAACUAUCAGAUUAAGCAAUUUACGGAGGCGGAUUUGGUACUGCUCAGAUUGGAUGAACCAGUGAGGUACAACGACUACAUAGUACCCAUUUGCCUGUGGAGCAGCAGUAAUCGGAUGGACCUGCCGCAAGGGCACACGACAUAUGUGGCUGGCUGGGGACCGGACGAGACCGGCACCGGCAACUCGGAUGUGUCGAAGAUCACCGACCUGAAAAUCGUAAGCGAAUCGAACUGCAACCUGGAGCUGCCCCACACGUUGGUCCAGCCGAGCACGCUGUGUGCCAAGAAGACAGGCAGCGGACCCUGUGCCAGCGACGGAGGCGGACCCUUGAUGCUGCGGGAACGGGACGUAUGGGUGCUGCGGGGAGUGAUCUCCGGGGGGUUGAUUAACGAGAAGGAGCACACCUGCGAACUAGCCAAGCCAUCCGUGUUCACCGAUGUGGCCAAGCACAUCGACUGGGUGCGCCGGAACAUGUGGGACUAAGAGGAAAAGUGGAGUUUGUCUGCUCUUUGGGAUUCACAUAGAUAUAUGCAUUUCAGACACGUAACUGGCAGAUCCAAGUGCUGAGUUACUGUCUCUUAACUGGCCUCUACUCAUCGGGUAAUUCUCACUAGAUUCAUUAAUCAUUGAAUGAAAUAAAUUGAAGAAGCUUAUCUUGUGUACACUACAACA